GUUACUUGGAGCACGUCCUGACCGCUAGCUGAUGCACUAUGAAGUGAAAAAGCUUUAGUGUUUUCGAAACGCACGAUCACGUCAAAGAUGAUCGCUGCUUGAGUUUAACACUAAAUUGAAAUGUUUGCAUGUAGAUAGCCAGCGGUCUUUAUUUGUAAACUGACUGACUAGCCUGCCUGACUGUUGUGGAGCAGGGCUGCCUUAGUAGCCAGUCAAGAUGGACACCGCUGAGGAAGCAGACAUCUGUCGGGUAUGUCGGUCUGAGGGCACCCAGGACAAGCCGCUCUACCACCCCUGUGUCUGCACGGGCAGCAUCAAGUUUAUCCACCAGGAAUGCUUGCUGCAGUGGUUGAAACACAGCAGAAAAGAAUACUGUGAAUUAUGCAAACACAGGUUUGCAUUUACACCAAUCUACUCUCCAGACAUGCCAUCCCGCUUGCCUGUCCAGGACAUCUUUGCAGGGCUUGUCACCAGUAUUGGAACAGCUAUCAGAUACUGGUUCCACUACACACUGGUGGCCUUUGCUUGGUUAGGCGUGGUGCCUCUCACAGCAUGUCGCAUCUACAAGUGUUUAUUUACCGGCUCUGUGAGCUCUCUCCUUACUCUGCCAUUAGAUAUGCUUUCAACACAAAAUCUCCUUGCAGACUGCCUCCAAGGCUGUUUUGUGGUCACUUGUACACUGUGCGCCUUCAUCAGCCUGGUGUGGCUUAGAGAGCAGAUUGUCCAUGGCGGCGCCCCGCAGUGGUUGGAGCAGAAUCAACCCCCUCUAGUUCCUAACCAGCCUAAUGGUCCUGCACCAGCUAAUGAGGUUCCAGGUGGUAACAUUGGCAUCAACGCCCAGGCUGCUGCAGAAGCCCAGCACCCUGCAGACGCUGUCCCAGACGGGCAGGCACCUGUCAACCCGCAUGAAGCCGGAAACCAUGGAGAUGAGGCUGAACUUGACGAUGAGGAGGAAGACGACGAUGGGGAGGAAGAUGAAGAAGAGGAGGAUGACGAUGAAGAGGGCAGGGAAGAGGAUGCUGCUGAUGCGAAUAAUGGAGGACAAGAAGAUUUGAACUGGAACGCCCUGGAGUGGGACCGUGCAGCAGAGGAGCUGACCUGGGAAAGGAUGCUGGGCCUGGAUGGCUCCUUAGUUUUCUUGGAGCAUGUGUUCUGGGUAGUGUCUCUCAACACACUCUUCAUCCUGGUCUUUGCUUUUUGCCCGUAUCACAUCGGACAUUUCUCAGUAGUUGGACUGGGCUUUGAAGACUACAUCAAAGCUUCACACUUUGAUGGCCUUGUCACCACCAUACUUGGGUACAUCCUUUUGGCUGGAGCUCUCAUAGUCUGCCAUGCAUUGGCUUCAUUUGUUAAGUUCCAGCGCUCCAGACGCCUCUUGGGUGUCUGCUACAUUGUUGUGAAGGUGUCCCUGCUUGUUGUCAUGGAGAUAGGCUUGUUUCCGCUGAUUUGUGGUUGGUGGCUCGACAUUUGCUCUCUGGAGAUGUUUGAUGCUACUCUGAAAGACAGGGAGCAGAGUUUUGAUUCAGCCCCUGGUACCACCAUGUUCCUCCACUGGCUGGUUGGCAUGGUCUACGUCUUCUACUUUGCCUCCUUCAUCCUUCUGCUCAGAGAGGUGCUCCGGCCAGGCGUACUGUGGUUCCUGAGGAACCUGAACGAUCCAGACUUCAACCCAGUCCAGGAGAUGAUCCACCUGCCCAUUUACAGACACCUGCGGAGGUUUAUACUCUCUGUGGUGGUGUUUGGCUCCAUAGUUCUGCUGAUGCUCUGGCUCCCUAUCAGAAUCAUUAAACUGCUCUUUCCAACCUUCCUGCCCUACAAUGUCAUGCUGUACAGUGACGCCCCGGUCAGCGAACUGUCUCUGGAGCUGCUGUUGCUUCAGGUUGUUCUGCCGGCAUUGCUGGAGCAGGGUCACACUCGCCAGUGGCUCAAACGGCUUGUCCACGCCUGGACGUUCACAGCUGGAUACAUGCUUGACCUUCACUCUUACCUGCUGGGGGACCACGAAGAUGAUGACAAUCAACCAAACAACAACCCACCUGGUCGCCAUAACAACAACAGGAUUCCUGGCCUAGGGGAGGGGCUUCACGCUGCCCAUCAGGCCAUUCUGCAGCAGGGCGGUCCUGUGGGUUUCCAGGCAUAUCACCGACCCAUCAACUUCCCCCUCAAGAUCAUUCUGCUGGUUGUCUUUAUGUGUGUGACACUGUUACUGGCUAGCCUGAUCUGCCUUACUCUGCCAGUGUGUGCUGGUCGCUGGCUGAUGUCUUUCUGGAUGGGCAGUGCCAUGGUUCACGAGCUGUACACAGCGGCCAGCGGUCUGUACGUCUGCUGGCUGUCCAUUCGAGCCGCCACCGUGAUGCUGUCUUGGAUGCCACAAGGGCGGACCAUCAUCAUGCUCAAAGUCCACGAGUGGACACUCAUGAUUCUAAAGACCUUUGUGGUGGCCGCGCUGUUAGCCGGGGCAAUUCCUCUGCUGCUGGGUCUGCUGUUUGAGCUGGUCAUUGUUGCUCCACUCAGAGUCCCACUGGACCAGACACCUCUCUUCUACCCCUGGCAGGACUGGGCCCUGGGCGUGCUCCAUGCUAAAAUCAUUGCUGCCAUCACACUGAUGGGCCCUCAGUGGUGGCUCAAAACCGUCAUCGAACAGGUGUAUGCUAACGGUAUCCGAAACAUUGACCUCCAUUUCAUCGUGCGAGGGCUGGCCGCCCCAGUUAUCUGCGUCCUGCUGCUUUCUCUCAGUGUGCCCUACACUAUCUCUAAAGGCAUUACACCACUGCUGGGUGUGCAGCCAGAGAUGCAGACGCUGGUGGAGAGAAGGAUCUAUCCCUUCCUGCUGAUGGUGGUCAUACUGUUGGCCAUCCUGUCCUUCCAGAUACGACAGUUCAAACGCCUCUACGAACACAUCAAAAACGACAAAUACCUGGUUGGACAGCGACUGGUGAACUACGAACGUAAGACAGGCAGGAACACGUCCACCUCCACAUACAGCACCUCCUCAUAGACCUGACACUGCUGUGGGAUCAGUGGGGCUGACUCACUCUGCUAUCAUCAGCUCCUGUGGUGAAACCUUUUUUUGUUUCCGCCGCGCUGUCAAAUGCCAACCUCUUAACUUUUGACUGCAGCUUCUUACUCAACAACAUCUACCGCUGUCACAGGUUGGGGAGACAGAGACAUUGAAGAGUGAGGACAAAACAGUCCUAGAACUUCUUCAUGGAAAAGUUGAAUUUCUCAACAAGGUUGUUAAUCAACCUGCAAAAGCAGUCAGCAUAAUUGAAACUCAGCAGAACCACAAAGUCUUUGACUGUCUGAUGUGUCCAUUAUUGUCUUGAAUGCAGCUGACAUUUUAAGUUGUAAUUAUAUUAUUUUAAAAAAGGUUUGAGUUGAAGUCAAAUCAGUUGAGCAUAGCUUUUACCUCAGAUUGUGCUUCCCUUUGAAUGUUUGUUGUGAAAUAUUAUCUAGCUCACACUGAGUGUCUCUUAAUGGGAUGUUGUUGACAUUUCAGAGCUGGAGAGGCGACAUUUUGAUUAUCACAGUAACGCCUCCGCGGUUCUGUUCCAAUUGUUGAUUUGUCUCAAAUGACACCCUUCAUCAAAUCGAGGUUGUCAGUGAGAAGGAGGGACAUACAUGAUGUAGCAAUGUGAUUGUAUUCUGUAUUUUUUUUUCUUUAUAGAUGUUUUUUAUUAGAUGUGUUUUCAUUGAUUUUUAGUGUUACAUUUCUGGGGUGAGCUGUUAGAUAGUCCUCUGAGGAGUCCUUUAAAGUUAAAAUGUAGAAAGAGACAGACAAAGAGGAAAAUAAUAGUUUUUUGACAAUCUGGACACAGCCCAGGACAUGUUUUUUUUAAAGAUGUUAUGUGAAUUUUAAAAACUGGGUUGUGUAGUAAGUUCCUGAGCAAACCACCUUCAGGAGAGGAGAGGUCAUUAAGUGAGGUUACAACUAUAAAUAUUAAAACUGGAAAAACAGCCUCAAAAUAUUUCAAAAUGCGCCCAUGUUGCAUCCUUAGAGUGACACUGAUCUUACAGAAAUAUUUGUUCUGGUAGAAUUUAAAAAAAAAAGGUCAUGCUUCUAAUCAGCUCUUGAGACUUGAGAGUGCUGUCUGCACUCUGUUAACGGUCAGGAGACAAGGGCUAAACAUAACUGUAAGAACAACAAAACACUGAUUUACAGUGAGGAAGAGUGAUCUAUACUGACAGACCUAAUAGACCUUUACUGAAAACCAGAAUGAACUCAUCUCAGUUAGGUCAUGGUUACACUUACAGAGUACAAACUAGAUAAAAUGUAGGAAAUUGAUUGGCUGAGGUGGCAGGCUGCCACCGAAAUUAUCAUUUAGGUUUCUCAACUUAUUAAAUAUUUGAAAUAAAGUUAAAACAAAGUCAUACCUAUAGUUACAAACAACUGGCAGUUUAAUAUAGAUCUAACAGCUUUUCCACUUUGGUUACAGUGACUUCCUGUUUACAUAGUUGAUUGUUUAUAAUUGGGUGGAGCCUCAGUUGUUUCCUAGCAAUUGGUUUUCAACCAAGGGCAACCUCCAGGGCUGACAAAUGAAGCCAACGCAAAAGUGCCAAAAACUGCAGUUUAUCUAACGGCCACUUGUCGGUCACUGUAGACCUCCCCGUGUUAAAAUGUCCAACGUUACAGCAGAAAUAAAUGUGUUUACAGCCUGGUGGAAAUCAGAUUUGGUCUCUGCAGCUAAUUUCCCUCGUCAUGACAACUACAGGGUGUGCAUUUUUAUAUAACUCACCUGUUUAUAUUAAGGAUUAAAGUUAGGCAUAAUUAAGGGCGUGGCCACCUUGAGUGACUGCAGGGCUUUCAGUAAGAGCCACGUCUCACUUCUCCGCAGCUCCGCCCUCUCGUCCAAAUAUUUUCAGUUCUGGCUCGAAACAAUCCAAGAUGGUCACGGCCAAAAUGCCAAACUCGUGGCUUCAAAAUGCGAGCCCACAAACCAAUGGAUGACAUCAUGGUGGCUGUGUCCGUCAUUUUUAUACAGUCCACAGUUUUCACACUACUGAAGUCUUUACUAGCUAAGACAUUCCUUACAUUUUAACGGUGCAACUUAAUUUAGUGAAUUAAUAGGGUUGAAACUAACUAGUUCGUACUAACAACUUAUAAAGGACUUUACAUACAAACCUAUUAAAUGAUUUGUCUGGUGCAACCCAGUCCUGCUCCUUUUCCCUCAAGGUUAGUUAUAUUUCAUAAAAGUAAUGAUUUCUUAACGCUCGCACACCUCCUCUAAAACACACUACUCGGAUAUUUACCAGCCUGAAGGACAUGACAGCUAGUUUUAUUUGUAGAGUUAAUGGAGUGCCCCUUUGAAGCAAGUCCAAAAUAAAAAGAUAGCAAGAAAACCAAUUUUCUUAACAAAACAAAACGCCAUCACGUUGCAUGGGCGCUGACCUUGCAUACAUUUAAAAUGUAAGAUAUCUGUCCACAGAAAGUAUCUUAACCUUGACACAAAUUGUCUUCAGCAGUUUAGAUUCAGUGGUGUUUCUUUGCAUUACUUACACCCUUAAAAAGACUCGUGUUGCAGAUCCAGUAAUUUUGCCAUCCAGCGUGGUUUUGUUAGAGAGUAUGUAGUUUUAUGUCUGAUCAGCAAUCAGAACUGGUUCUGUUAGAUUCUGUGUGGACAACAGCAGGAGCUGACGUACUACCGUCUGUGUUCCUCCUCUUGUCCACCAGAUGCUUCGCCUCCUGUGUCUCAGCUCAUUUAUAUUAUUGAAUUCCCUUCUUGUGGCACUCUGAUCUGCUGUGAGUCUUUUUACCUUUCAGUACUCCAGCUGAGUUAGUAGAGUCACUCUCACAUUGAUCUACCUGUCUGUGUAAUACUGGACCAGUUUGUGGAUCCCAGUCAGGUCAACUACUGGCGACAUCUUUAAAGCAACUAACUGAAGAGAAUUUGGGGAAAGAGGGGAAAUCUAAUGUGCCAUUAACCUGUAAUUACCACUUGUGUCCACAGUGGCACCUGUGCACAGGUUACAGUCUCCCUUUAAAACAGGGCUCUGUUUGUCAUACUGGUGUAUGUCUCCUUGGCAGGAGCAUUCCAGGUGCUCACACUGAUGAGCUGCAGCUCGUUCAAAGAGAUCCUUUAAAAUCAACUCUCUACUUUACCUCUUCACAGCUGGUGCUCUGAUUUGACUGAAGGUUGACAUUGACACAGUGAUUGGAAGAAUCAGGGUCAGCUCAGCUCAGUUCAGGGAGUCAUGUUUCAGGGUCCUACAUGUCUUAGAGGGUUUAUCUGGUGUGAGAGAGAACGCCUUACACACAGUGCAUUCACAAAUACGAUAUUAAAAUCACAGUAUUCACAGCAGUCACUAUAUAAGUGCUUUAAAAGCAACAAGAGUGGAUAGGAGAAGAAGAAAUCUGAGGUGGCUGGUGCUGCUGGUGAGAGUUGACGGCUAACUGAAGAGCACAGUGCAAGCUCAAUCUUUACUGUAAACUCAGAACAGACGUGCAUGAAGUGAUUUGUGUCCCUAAACCCAGAAAAAUAUUGUAUCCACAACAUAAUGCAUAGCAACGAGAGGCUGCAUGUAAAUCGAUGUAACACGUGCAUGACAAUUUUGAUUAAAUGUUGGUUCACAAUUUACAAUCAAAGGAAUAGUUUAAUCUUUUGCAAAUACAUUCAGUUGCCUUCUGGCUGAGUUAUGCUGGGUUUAAACUGGAUGCGGAGGCGCUGAUAAAUGUGCCGGUUUUCCGUGGAGCAAUGCCUGCUUCUGCUCUGCGCAUACUUUAACAAUUUGGGCUGUUAAUACUGGACCCACCGUAGUGCCAAUCUCUGUGACAAACUUGCAAUCUGCAGCAAUAUUUUCAGCUUCUGCUCUGUUUUCUGCAAGCCAUGAACAAAUCUGGAGAGAAAACACACUAAUAAUAUGAUAUGAAUGAUAUAAAUGGUACAUUUUAUAUAAAAUGAACAAAGCGAUUCUUAUAAAAGAACAUAUGCAUCCCAUGCUAACUUAUUCCACAUAUUUGUUAGUGCCUUCGCCUCCAGUGUGAACCUGGUGUUAGAUGAAAAGAUCAAUACCACAACAGUAUCUGCGCACUAGAUAUAAAUCUAGAACUUGGCUAGCUUAGCUUAGCUUAGCUUAGUUUACCUUACCAUAAAGACUGGAAACAAGCAAACAGCUGACCUGGCUCUGUUCAAAUGGAACAAAAUCUACACACCACCUCUAAAGCUCACUAAUUAACAUUUUAUAUCUCCUCUGUUUUAUAUGUACAAAAAUGAAUUGUAAAAACGUCAAUGUCUGGUUUCACAAUGGGUUACAUACCGGAACUGUUCAAUGGACAGGGGCAGUGACUCCCUGGAAUCUUUGCUGGUUGCCUGGCAACCUCAAGUCUCUAGGAAGUAUAAUCAUCUAACUCUUGACAAGGUAGCAAGUGUAUUUCCCAAAAUGUCGAACUAUUCCUUUAAGGUUCCAAAUGUUUCAGUGUCUAGAACCACUUAUACUCCCAAAAGCACUUUUGCAUGGGGAUGUGAAGUCAGUGUCUAGGUGUUGUGCUCCCAGCGUCUCACUUGUUUGACAGCAGUGUCUCCUCUGCUCCCCUACCCCAGAGAAAAUGCCUGAAUGUUACAUCUUUUGUUUCAAAUCAAAUUUUGGAUUUUUUAGUUCGAAGUCUUAGACCCACUACAGAACAAACCCAUUACAAUCAAAGAAUUUGAAAGGCUAAAUGGUGUUUCAACCUCUCAUAUUUUCAGUGACGGUAACAAGCCCCAGCCAUUUUUUAAAGCUGUUUUUUGCUGCCAACUAAAACUGAAUCCAGUUCUCUGGUGGGUUCUUGCUCCUAAACUCCUGAGAGAAAUAUUUGAGAUGUUUUAGAUUUUUUUAAGUUCCUUUUUUGAGGGGACAGUACUGGUUAAGUAGUAAUUAACUUUUUUUUCAUGCAAAUGUUUAAAUGUGUUGCACUUUAUACCACAAUUUGCAAUCAUUUCAGAAUCCAUUGUAACACUUUUUAUUUCCCUCCCACUGAGACUGAAAGAUGUCAGUAUUUCACUGUGGUGACUCUGCACAAUGGGUUUUACUUACAAGGUGAAUUUAAGUUUUUCUUUUUUUUUCGACACUGCAUCGUGUGAGAAAUGUUUCAUUAGGAGUUUGAUAAACAUAAACUGCUUUUGUAUUGAUAUGGAUUGUGACUCACAUUAACUUUAGUGCUGACAGCUGUAGUGCUGCUGUGUGGAAUGCUCACAUUAUAUAUGUAUGAUGCUAUAAAGUGACCUUUUAAGUAUCUUCUUGAACUGAGCUGGACACUUCAAAUUUUGGUCUUGAAUUUCAAUUUCUAGAAGCAAAUGAUUUCUAUUUUUAUAUGUGCAAAACGGCAGUGGCAUGUACUGUAAUAUAAAGGUAUAUACACUAAGGUCUAUUAAUUGUUGGUUCAGUAAUAUGAAACAAUAAUAAAUAGUUGAAAUGA